AUGAUGCCAUACCACUACGGCCUCUCUGGCCAAGCCGUGAUGGCUUUUGCGUCUAUCCCACCAGCCAGGAUGGAUCUUGAGCCGACCGUCGUGGAUGAGGUUCGCACCGGCACGUACCGUCAGCUCUUCCACCCGGAGCAGCUGAUCUCCGGCAAGGAGGACGCCGCAAAUAAUUUCGCACGCGGACACUACACGAUCGGGAAGGAGAUUGUCGACCUGGUGCUCGACAGGAUCCGCAAGUUGGCCGACAACUGCCACUGGGCUGUCCGCUUGGAACCGGCCCACGCAGAAGUUCAGACCCUGCGCCUGUCCGUGGACUACGGAAAGAAGAGCAAGAUUUCCUUCACCGUCUGGUGCUGCCCACAGGUGGCGACAGCAGUCGUCGAACCGUACAACACGGUCCUGUGCGUCCACUCCCUGUUGGAGCACACAGAUGUAACCAUCAUGUACGACAACGAGGCGCUGUAUGACAUUUGCCGCAGGAACUUGGACAUUGAGCGCCCGACCUACACGAACCUGAACCGUCUCAUCGCCCAGAUCAUCAGCUCCCUCACGGCCAGCCUUCGCUUCGACGGAGCCUUGAACGUCGACAUCACCGAGUUCCAGACGAACCUGGUGCCCUACCCGCGCAUCCACUUCAUGUUGACGUCCUACGCCCCGGUCAUCUCCGCAGAGAAGGCCUACCAUGAGCAGCUCUCCGUGGCCGAGAUCACGAUGUCCGUCUUUGAGCCGGCUUCCAUGAUGGUCAAGUGCGAUCCCCGACAUGGGAAGUACAUGGCCUGCUGCAUGAUGUACCGUGGCGACGUGGUGCCCAAGGACGUGAAUGCCGCAGUGGCCACCAUCAAGACCAAGCGCACCAUCCAGUUCGUGGAUUGGUGCCCGACCGGCUUCAAGUGUGGCAUCAACUACCAGCCGCCGACUGUCGUCCCAGGUGGAGACCUGGCCAAGGUCAUGCGCGCGUGCUGCAUGAUCUCGAACUCCACCGCCAUCGCGGAAGUCUUCUCCCGCAUCGACCACAAGUUCGACCUCAUGUACUCGAAGCGCGCCUUCGUCCACCACUAUGUCGGCGAAGGCAUGGAGGAAGGCGAGUUCUCCGAGGCGCGCGAGGACCUGGCGGCCCUGGAGAAGGACUACGAGGAGGUGGGCAUCGAAACGGCCGAGGGAGAAGGUGAGGAAGAAGGCUACGGAGAUGAAUUCUGA